CUUCCCUGUCCUGUCGCUGAUGUGCGACCGCUCGUCUUAAAAGCCCCUGGCGACGCCUUUCCCACGCCCUACCCCUUUUUACUGCGCUGCGCACGCCCACAGCCUGCAGCUAGCUUGCGACGGGACACAUGACGACGACGCGCCCCGCCGCUACGACCGAGGAAGAGGAAGAGGAGGAGGCGGUGGUGGCCGCCUCUGCAGCGGCCAAUGCCGCGCCACCGGACGCAGACGAUCGGGAGCAGCAGAAGAAGGUUCGGGCGAGGAAGAAGAAGAAGCGUCGGAGGGCGCCGAGCGAGGAGGAGCUGGCCGCGCUGAGGUCCGUGCUCCGCUGGGCCCGCCGCGGCGAGGCGGGCGACGACGAUGCGGCGGACUGUGGUGGGCACCUGUUGCCGGCGGGGAGGCGGCGGCCGCGCGUGGCGGUGGAGCUGCAUGCGCACUCGACGCGCAGCGACGGCUCGCUCUCGCCCGCGGCGCUCGUGGAGCGCGCGCACCGCAACGGGGUGAAAGUGUUCGCGCUAACUGAUCAUGACACCAUGGCGGGUGUCGCGGAGGCGAUGGAGACUGCAAAGGAAUUUUCCAUCAGGAUCAUCCCUGCUGUUGAGAUAAGUGCAGUUUAUUCGCCUAGUAAUGGAUCAGGAGCCAAUGAACCUGUUCAUGUUCUUGCAUACUACGGUAGUUGGGGCCCUGCUAAAUCUCAGGAACUGGAGAAGGUUCUAUCUAGCAUCAGGGAGGGCCGCUAUACACGUGCCAAGGAGAUGCUAUCGAAACUUAGGAACCUCGGCAUGCCAUUGAACUUCGAAGAUGUAUCUAAUAUAGCAGGGAGUGGGGUGGCUCCAGGGCGGGUGCACGUUGCGCGUGCCAUGGUUGAAGCUGGAUAUGUUGAUAAUCUUAGGCAAGCUUUCAGCAGGUACUUGUACGAUGGAGGGCCUGCUUAUGCUACUGGUAGUGAGCCAGCUGGGGAAUCUGUUGUGCAGCUAAUAUGUAGAACUGGGGGCAUAGCUGUUUUGGCUCAUCCGUGGGCAUUGAAAAAUCCUGUUCCUGUGAUAAAGGAUUUGAAGGCUGCUGGUCUGCAUGCUAUUGAGGUCUAUCGAAGCGAUGGGAAACUAUCUGGAUUGAGUGAUCUGGCUGAUACUUAUGAGCUUCUGAAGCUCGGUGGAUCAGAUUACCAUGGACGAGAUGACAAGGAAGAACCUGAUAUAGGAAGUGUUGAUCUUCCGGUCUUGGCAUUUUUUAGAUUUCUUGAGGCAGCUCAACCAAUUUGGUGCAAUGCUAUCAAGGAAAUUUUUGCAAACGCCACUGAAAGAACUGGCUUGAAUGGCCCAAAAGGAUGUCAUCGGACUAACUCUGUAGAUGAUUUAUGUGAUACGUGCCUUUCUUCUCCAGAACUGGGGGAAACAGAUGAUUCUGAGGCUGAGGUCCUCAGGACGGAAUUUGCGGACAUUAUCCUCAGCAACAGAAGCUGCAAGACGCUUAUUGAACAGCGAGCGGAAAUCACCUCUCUUCUCCACUGACACAGUCGGGUUUGUGCAGUUUUAGACAUUGACUGAGACUCUGACAGGACAUGAUCUGGGCUGCACUUUAAUCUAUUCAUAUUCUGGAAAAAUAUAAAUUGUCCAGUGGGCAUGUGAUGAUGUUUUAUAUGAUCGAUUGAAUGGAGUGCAGAAGUAAUAUGGUAAGAUCCGUAAAUUAACCAUCAACCUUUCGGUAAAUUUCUUGUAUCCUUUUGCUUAAUCAGUUACAUUUUUAUGAAAAUGGUGAAAGCAAAUUCCUUUUUUUGGUCCUUGUCCUCUUCAAUGAUGUUGGACCUAAGGGUGGGAAUGGGCCAAAUAUGGAGCAGAUAAUAACUAAAUCUUAUCUCUAUCCAUUUAAAUUUUCAAAACUGACAAGUGGUAAAUACAAGAGCAAAGAUACUACAGCAGUUCCAGCCCCUGUAAGGUUUGUAACGUUUUGCGUAUACUCCUUUUUGAAAAUAGUGGGUGUUGGAUACAAUGAGAAAAAUAAUUGAAACCUGUAUUUUGUUUUGAGGCAGUUUUUUUCUUCGCGUGUGCCCCUACCAAGCUGCAUAUAAACUCCUCUUCCCAUCUAGAAAGUAAUUAAGCAGAUCAUGCAUGUUUAUGUCUGUGUGCAUCGCUUGAUGAAGAGGCCGGGGGUAAUCCUCCUUUUCGGAAAAAAAGAUCAUGCAUGUUUGUUCCUUAUUAGAGCAAAUGUGGAAACUCCUUUUUACCCUUGUUUUGUAGGAAUGAGUUAACUCUGCUUAAAGACUAUAAUAUAUAUUUACUUACUGUGAUAAGGUUGUAUACGAAAUCAUGUAAAUCAUACAUUCAUGUUGCAGCUUCUUUGACGAUUUGUUGAACUUAGUUAUUUGUGUUUUUUCUUUUAGUAACUGAACUUAGUUAUUUGUUCAUUCAUAUUGUGGAUAAAAAGGCUAUCUCAAUUUCGAGACCAUUGUACGUGCAAACGGAGUGGAAAGAAAUGUAAAUCGUAUUCGUUUGACAGCCCAUGUCAAAAAGGGUUCCAUGGCCUGUCUACAAAUAAACUAGUCCAGAGUCAUGUGCCUGGUACAAAAUCUGUUCUUCUGUGGUGCAUCAUGGGCUCAUGUCCCUCUAUAAAGACUCAUUCUUUUUUAUUUCUUUGUUUGGAGCACCAAAGUGUGGUACCAUCUGCUGCAAUUGGAUAGAACUGAACCAAGCCAAGUAAGCAUGUGGCCAUUUGCUUCUUCACUCCCAGCUCAAUUCGUAACAAAAGGUUUAUUUUCUUGAUUUGGGCAUGCUCACUGAACAUGGAGACAAAAUUCACUUCAUGUUGAGCUGCUGCAUGUGAUGCCUAGACAUCACACGGUUGAUCGCAUCAUUCUUGAACUCGAAUAAGGAGUGUUAUCACUUAUUCGCCUAUAGCACAUUCACAUUAUUGGUUCUUGGAGCAAUUUGAUGUUGACAAACCAAAGUCUGGGACAAGCACUUUCAGAGUAGACAAUUAGUCUAUGUCAUCAGUAAAUUGUUCUUUGUCUGUUCCAUGGGGAGAAGGAUUCUUGCAAGCAACGGAGUAGACUUCUUGGAAACAUGACAUCACUCACCUUGGCGUAAUAAACUCUUGCGAGACCUGGAGCUUCUGAGGUGGGAGAUGAAAGAUGUCGUUUCUUCUUCCAUGUUCCAGAAUCAUUAGUUUGUGGUCUAGGACGAGUACUCUCAAAGUAGACAAACUGCAUAGCACGUCAUUUAAUCUGGAAUCAUUAGUUUGUAGUCGUCUUAUUUCAUUAUUUGCAGAUACGGAAAAGCUUCGCACGAUGUUUUAUGUACGGCAUGUGGGCGAUGUUAGCAUCUCACGUUCCUUAUGUAUGAAGGGAUUUAAUCUAACGGUGAUUAGCUAGUGUCAUGCAUGCAUCGGCCAAAAAAUCAUCGAUUGCGUAGCACUGCUCUUGCAGAUAAAUCUGCAAAUCUCCAAUAUUAUGUAUACUAAAGCACAGUAAUUAUAAUGGACAUAUAAAUAUAGUUCUUCCUGCCGUGUGCAAGGGUGCUACGCUGCCUUGCAUGACUGUUGCCGAUCUGGAAGAGAGAUACAGACCUGGACGUAGUAUCUAGUGAAAGUCAACUAUUGGACAGUGUAUGUGUCUUCUCUUCCUGUGAUACUUCUUUUUUGAGAGGACUCUUGCCGUGAUACUUUUUUUUCACAAAUAUGCAAAGCUUGCUAUCAUUCAUUGAUAGAAGAAGAGUGACUACAAGGUAUGGAACAACACAUGCACAAACAAUAUGGUGCCUGGAGCAGAGGGACACGGGGUGCUCAACCC